AUGGAGAGCUGGGGGCGCAGCACAGGUCGGGGGAAUCAGCAUCGAGAGAACAUUAAGGAAAGGUCUCCGGAGUUGCUGCAAAAGGCUACGUCCCAGGCACCCACUACCGGAAGCAGGACGACCGCCCACGUGGAGUCAGCACAGGGGACCAGCAUGCAGGACACACCCCCCGAGGCCACAGCCAACACAGCUGGAGAGGGCAGAGGAGUGGAGGCUGGCAAGGCCAGUGCCGAGGAGCCAGGCAGAGCACCCAGCACAGCCAGGAUGGCAGCACCGGAGACGCAGGCGAGUAAGGACACCGCAGGGGACACGCUGCCCCCGAGAGCUCAAGUCGUGGGGGUGGCCUCUGGCUGGACGGAGGCGCCGUCGCUGAACCGUCAGGACCCGAGGACAACCAAAGGGUCAGGGGACCAGAGUGCGAGGCCGACGGCCCCAAGGAUGGUGCCCACGAAGCUGCAGGGCAACGCAGCAGCUACAGCAAGGACGCCCCUUCCAGAAAAUCAGGCUGGGGUGCAGACCCCUGCGGGAGCGGGGCCAACAGGAAGGGGAGUCCGAGGAGCCACCACAGAGGCUGUCCCACCCAAGGACAGAGCCCAGGCCACCCCGUCCUCAGCCCCUCUCCAGAGCCCCACCACCCAGAGAGGCCAGAGAUUGAGGGCCGCCAACUUCAAGUCUGAGCCGCAGUGGGAUUUUGAGGAAGAAUACAGCCUGGAGGUGAGCGGCCUCCAGACGACCUGCCCUGACUCAGUGAAGAUCAAAGCCUCCAAGUCACCCUGGCUCCAGAAUCUCUUUCUGCCCAACCUCACCCUCUUCCUGGUCUCCAGACACUUCAACCAGAGCGAGUGGGGUCGCCUGGAGCACUUCGCUCCGCCCUUCGGCUUCAUGGAGCUCAACUUCUCCUUGGUGCAGAAGGUCGUGCCCUGCUUCCCCCCGGUGCCCAGGCAGCAGCUGCUCCUGGCCAGCCUCCCUACUGGGAGCUCCCAGUGCAUCAGCUGUGCCGUGGUGGGCAACGGGGGCAUCCUGAACAACUCCCAAGUGGGCCCAGAGAUAGACGGCCAUGACUACGUGUUCCGACUGAGUGGAGCUGUCAUUAAGGGCUACGAACAGGAUGUGGGUACUCGGACGUCCUUCUAUGGCUUUACUGCCUUCUCCCUGACCCAGUCACUCCUUAUACUGGGCAAUCGGGGUUUCCAUGUGCCUCUGGGAAAGGAUGUCCGCUACCUGCACUUCCUGGAAGGCACCCGGGACUAUGAGUGGCUGGAAGCACUGCUUCUGAAUCAGACCCUGGUGACGAAGAACCUCUUCUGGUUCAGGCGCAGGCCCCAGGAAGCUUUCCGGGAAGGCUUGCAAUUGGACAGAUACCUGUUGCUGCACCCAGACUUGCUCCGAUACAUGAAGAACAGAUUCCUGAGGUCUAAGACUCUGAACACCGUCCACUGGCGAAUAUACCGGCCCACCACUGGGGCCCUCCUGCUGCUUACUGCCCUUCAGCUCUGUGACCAGGUGAGUGCCUAUGGCUUCAUCACCAAGGGCCACGAACACUUCUCUGACCACUACUAUGAUAAGUCAUGGAAACGAACGAUCUUUUACACCAACCAUGACUUCAAGUUGGAGAGAAUGCUCUGGAAGCGGCUCCAUGAUGAAGGUAUUAUCCAACUCUACCAACAUCCUGUAACUGCCAAACCAACCAUGUGA